AUGAAGACCAAUCAUGCACAUCAAAUUCAGAAAUCAAAGAACUCAUUAGAAAAGCUCAAUGGCGCAUUUAUUGAGGAGGCACAGGAAAUAGAAUCUCAGAAUUGUCUCAAAGCCAAGAGUAUACUUGCCAAAAUGGAAAGGACUAUAGAUGUACAGAAUGAGACUAUUCAAGAGAUAAAGCUACAAGGGGAAAAGUUGGUAAAAAUCAAGGAGAGUUCUAUUGCUGUUUAUAAAAACGCCGAAGCAGCCAAUGAAGUGAGUCAUAGAAUCAGACAGGAGUCCAGCAUAUUCCCCAGCUUUAGCAAUCUUUUCAGGGGAGUUAAGAGAUGGUGGAAAAAGGAUAGAAGGGGAGAAAAGUACAUAGAAAGCAUAAAGAAUAGAAAGAAAGAGGAUGUUACUGCGCCUGCUGUUACUGAAGAGGUAUUUGAGCCAUUAAACGAGGAGACAGUUCCUGGUGAGAACAAGACGGACAGUGAGUUGAGUAAGAUACUUACAUGUGUGAAGAAAGUGGAGGCUGGCGCACGUACCCAGCUUCAGAUCUUGAAAACCCAGGAUGACGACAUAAAUGACAUCACCAAGAUAGGUGAGUAUUCAAAGGGUAUUGUGGACAGUACAGAGAAGGAAAUGAGGAAGAGGUAG